AGAAUUUCUCUGCCCUAAUCCCUUUUUAGUCUUUAUAUAAUACCGAGGAAUUAACCUACUCGACAGGUGUAGAACUAGAAGCCAUGGUCGGAGCACCGGUGUCCUUUUCCGGCGAUCAGCCCCACCACCACGCCGCCGCCGCCGACUUUUCAGGUACGGACGCGACUGCAAGAUACGCGCCGCCAUCGCAGAUUUACGCCACGCCAAAUGCCCCCAUGUCUACGCUGUUACCUUACAACGGCGCCGCCCCGCCGGUCCCUUACAGCGCCUCCGCGCCCAUGCCGGAACCGCCUAUUGACACAACUCUCCUGUUUCCUCCUAAUCCGGCGGCGGCGUCCACUUUUCCCCCCAAUCCGGCUGCGGCGUCCCCUUUCCCCCCUCAUCCGGCGGCGGCGUCCCCUUUCCCCCCUAAUCCGGCGGCGGCGUUUCCUUUCCCUCCUAAUCCGGCGGCGGCGUCGCCUUAUCCCCCUAAUCCGGCGACGUCACCUUUCCCGCCGAAGCCAUCCACUUCUGCGCCCAUAAACCCGGCGAGCUUAGUGGCGGCGCCACCUCCGUUCCCGGCAUACUCAACGGCUCCUCCGCCUUCAUACUCAAGUGCCCCUCCGACGUCGAAUGCAUACCCGCCUGCUUCAACGGCAUUCCCCGGCGCUUACCCGCCGGCUACGUAUCCUCCGGCAGGAUAUCCCCCGAGUGGUUAUCCGGCAGGAACGUACCCUCCUCCACCUCCACCUCCACCUCCAUCGACGACUACUGGUGCUACAUAUCCUCCUCCUCCUCAUCAAACCCAAGCGCCGCCUUACUCCGCCGGAGGAUUUUACCCUCCCGGCCAGUAUUGAAAGCAACUAUUUAAUAUCCCCGGCCUGGCCAGUACUAGUACUACUGCUCUACAAUAAAAUGAGUUGAGUUGGAUCUGUAAAAUAAUUUUAUUUGUUAAUUUGUUCUUCUCACUAUAAUUAUUGUUUUUAGUAUCAAUUAA